AUGGACCGAGCCGCCAGGGCAAAUGCGGGUGAAGGCAUGGCCGCAUAUGCUGCCCCUUCGCUGUUUCAACCUCACCUCGCCCGGCAAGCUCUCCGGGAUGCACAUGAAAAGAAGAUUUCUCCUCUACUCUGUAUAUUCCACGCCGUCAGCUCCGUUCCUGUUGUCCGUUUCAUCACGCCGUUCAACUUUGACGCCGCGGCCGUGGACUGGGAGCACAGCUCCUGCAACACCGAGACGAUGACGACAAUGGUGCAUGAGAUUGCCUUUAUGAGCCACGGAAAGACGAUUCCGUGGGUGCGAGUCCCUGGUCAUGACCAUGCAUCUAUCGGCUGGGCCCUCGAUGCCGGAGCCAGCAUCAUUGUCCCCCAGGUCGACACUGUCGAACAAGCUCAACAUAUCGUAUCAGCGACCAAAUUCGGCACCCGUCAUAGAGGGACACGUUCUGCGCCUCCUGGUAGAUGGCUGGCUGGUGUGACAGACAUUCCUUUUGACUCGUCUAGGACGAUCCACGAAUGCCUCAACGACCAAGCUGCCAUUAUGAUCCAGAUUGAAUCGCUAGAAGGAAUAAACAACCUGGAUGACAUUCUCACCCAGGUGCCUGACAUUGACGCCGUGUGGCUGGGCAGCCUUGACGCACGCAUCAGCAUGAAUUUGCCCGGGAAUUUUGGUCUCGGCGGCGAUGAGCCCGAGUGGCACGCGGCCCGCGACAAGUUCUUUGAGGUCCUCGACAAGCACGACAAGCCUUACGGCGGGUUCGCGUUCCCCACGCCGCCCUUUGGAAGCGCCGAGGGCUUCAAAAAGGCCACUGACCGCAUGUCCUUGGUAGCGUGUACGGCCGAUAUGUUGCAUCUCAUGGCUCUUGGUAAUGAUCUGCAGACUGCUAGGGGUCUUGUUAGUGAGGCAGUUGAGGAGCGCAAACUAAGCAGCAAUGGGACCACGACCGCUAAGUAG